GCCUCCGUUUACUUUCUUUCUGCCAACUGCUGCAGCUGACAACUCAACACUGAACUUUUCUCUCUCUCUGAUCCAAACCAAAAGACGAUGAAACCUUUUGGUUGAUUCCUUCGAACUCUCUCUCUCUCACACUUUCCUUCACUUUCUCGCCAUCCAAACCCUAAAUAAUGGCGUCGGAAUCCACCGGAGACGACAAAUCAUGGGAGCACAUCCUUCGCCGCAUGCUCCCCGCCGGCGCGCCGCUUCCCGACGAGGAGCACCUCGAUUACUCCAUCGCCGUCGAGUACGAAGGUCCUCCGGUUCCUUACGACGUUCCAAAGGUCGAUCCGCUCAAAAUCGGAGCCUCCACCGGUGGCGGCGCCGUUCCGAUUCGCACUGCUUCAAUCGACUCCGAUCACAACGCGGCGGCCUCGAUUCCGGUCGCUAUGCCAGUGCAUCCGCGGUUCUCGCGGUUCAGCCGCGUCCGCAACGGCGGCUUCGACCGCGCGCCGCUGCCUCGGAGUCCGGCAGAGAGCCGGCGGUCGUCGUCGGUUUCCAGGACGCAGUCGCAGUUCGAUUCGCGCAGCGGCGAGGUGGCUUACCGCUCUGAUUUCUCCGGCGAGGUGAACGCCGACGCCGACGACGGUGCGAGUUCCGCGUCAGCGGCGUCCGCGCCGCAGACGCCUCCGAAUUCUGCUCCGGUGCCGCGGAGUGGCACCGGAGCUGGCAAACGCCCGACGACGGUGACGUUUCAUACUCCAAGGGACUCGGAGGACGACGAUGGCGACGAUUAUCUGUCGCCGCGUUCGGUAGCGACGGAGCCGGUGGGAUCGCCGUUGACCGCUUCGCCGUCGCGGAAUAAGAAACGGUGGAUUUGUAGCAGAUGCGGGAAUAGUAACAGGCUGAAGGAGAAGGAAGCGUGUUUGGUGUGUGAUUCAAGGUAUUGCAGUAACUGUGUUCUGAAAGCGAUGGGGUCUAUGCCUGAGGGAAGAAAAUGCGUGAGUUGCAUUGGGAAGCCAAUUGAUGAGAUGAAGAGGUCGAGUUUGGGGAAGUGUUCUAGAAUGUUGUCGAAAGUGUGUAGUUCUUUGGAGAUUAAUCAGAUAAUGAAGGCUGAAAAGGAGUGUCCUGCGAAUCAGCUUCGACCGGAGCAGCUUGUUGUGAAUGGCAGACAGCUGAGGCAAGAGGAGUUGGCUGAGAUUCUGGGCUGCUCCAUCCCUCCUCAGAAGUUGAAGCCUGGGAGGUAUUGGUAUGAUAAGGACUCUGGACUUUGGGGCAAGGAGGGUGAGAAGCCUGAUAAGAUAAUAAGUUCAAAGCUAAAUAUCGGAGGAAAGCUUCAGACGGACGCGAGCGAUGGGAAUACUAGAGUCUACAUGAAUGGCCGUGAAAUAACAAAGAUUGAGCUUAGAAUGUUAAAGCUAGCAAAUGUUCAAUGUCCACGAGAUACCCAUUUCUGGGUUUAUGAAGAUGGAUCUUAUGAGGAAGAAGGGCAAAAUAAUAUUAAGGGAAACAUAUGGGGAAAGACGUCCACUCGUUUCAUUUGUUCAUUAUUCUCAUUGCCUGUACCACCUACUAAUCCUCCCGGGGUCAAAGAUAAUUCAACUAACCAUUCAACAAGAUCUGUGCCCGAAUAUUUGGAGCAUGGAAGAGUUCAGAAACUUUUGUUGUUUGGCAUGGAAGGAUCUGGAACAGCCACUCUAUUCAAACAGGCCAAGUUUUUAUAUGGAAACAAGUUUUCUGCAGAAGAAUUACAAAACAUCAAGCUUAUGAUUCAAAGCAAUAUGUACAAGUAUCUCAGCAUUCUACUUGAAGGACGGGAGCAGUUUGAAGAGGAAGCUCUGGCAGAGAGAGAAUCUACUUCAUUAGAAGGUGAAGGAUCUGGACAAGCAGAGACAGCAGCUGACGAAAACAAGCUGAGCGUUUACUCUAUCAAUCAAAGAUUCAAGCACUUUUCUGACUGGUUACUGGAUAUUAUGGCCACCGGAGAUUUGGAGGCCUUCUUCCCUGCUGCAACGCGUGAGUAUGCUCCUAUGGUAGAUGAAAUCUGGAGAGAUCCUGCUGUUCAGGAAACAUACAAGAGAAGAGAGGAAUUACAUAAUCUUCCCAAUGUUGCUAAAUAUUUCUUGGAUCGGGCAAUAGAAAUAUCAAGCAAUGAGUAUGAACCUUCUGAUAAGGAUAUAUUAUAUGCUGAAGGAGUUACUCAGAGCAAUGGUCUUGCCUUUAUGGAAUUCUCAUUUGAUGAUAGGAGUCCCAUGUCUGAGAUAUACAGUGAAAACAUCAAUUAUCCUCCUCAUUUAACCAAAUAUCAACUGAUUCGCAUAAAUUCAAAGGGACUGCGUGACGGUUGCAAGUGGUUGGAAAUGUUUGAAGAUGUGAGGGCAAUCAUAUUUUGUGUUUCCCUGAGUGACUACGACCAGAUGUGGCCUACUAGUACUGGUCAGCUUCGUAACAAACUGCUGGCAAGCAAAGAUCUUUUUGAGAGUCUGGUGAAGCAUCCUUGUUUCAAAGAUACCCCAUUUGUGCUUCUCCUAAAUAAAUAUGAUGUCUUUGAAGACAAGAUAAACAAAGUUCCUUUGUCAAUUUGUGAGUGGUUUGGAGACUUUUGUCCCGUGAGACCCCAUCACAACAAUCAUGCCCUAGCGCACCAAGCAUAUUACUAUGUAGCUAUGAGGUUCAAGGAGCUUUAUUAUUCACUAACCGGCCAGAAGUUGUUUGUGGGGCAAACUCGAGGCCGGGAUCGCACGUCAGUGGACGAGGCAUUCAAAUACAUAAGGGAGAUCAUCAAAUGGGACGAUGAGAAGGAUGAAGAUGUAUAUGAAAUCAACCCAGAAGAGUCAUUUUACAGUACAGAAAUGAGUUCUUCUCCAUUCAUCAGACAAGAAUGAAUUCCCAACCUUGGAUAGCCCUUCUUUGAGACUAAAUGGUCUUUUAUAUGUGGAUAGAGUGUCGCAGCUCCAAAGAAUUUGUAGGAGCAUAGCAUUUGUUGAAGGACAGGGAGGUCAGUUGGCUGGGCUGUGUUGUGGAGUAUGUUGUUUUAUUUUGUUCUUUUAGGAUCUUCCUGAAACAGGUUCAGAAUGAUUUUUGCCCCUUCAUAAAUAAGCUAAUUUGAUUGAGAGGUUGUAAAUUCAGAGGUUAUUUGUUCUCUGUACAGCUUAUAUUGACAAUAUUGUUCAGCUUAAUUUGAAAAAAAAAGAGGUAUUUUUAUUUCCUUUUA